AUGAGAACUUCUUUAACUAAAUAGCAAAGAUCAUAAUGAUUGUUGAAUUUAUGUUUUCCAAUCCUUUUUCAUUUUAAUGUUUAAAAUCAGACAAUUUUGUAUAGUUCCCCACGGUGGUUCACUUAUUGAAUAUGGGCCUGCAGGGCUAGUGAAACUACGAAAGGAUGUAAGAUCUUGUGAGUAUGAAGAUGUGCAUGUGCUGUGGGAAAUGCUGCAGAAAAGUGAAUCAGAGCGAUCCCCUCGAAAGAGCAAAAAGGGACAACAACACUGCAACUGCUUCGAGUGGGCUAAGCAUGCACCUCUUCUUCCCCGGAGCUUCUUAUCCAGUCAUGUUUCACCCUCAAAGUCAGCUUGCAUCUAGUUUGCAGUAGUUAAAAGAAGCUCGGUGUGUAUUCCAGUCUAUGGCCAAAAUAUGGCUGUUGUUUCAACUAGAAUAAAAAAGUAAAGGAGGAUCUGUUACUUUCUGUACAUGAAAUAGACCCUCCUCCGUAUCAAGUUACCCAUUUGUAGAUAUCAGCGUCCUACCAAAUGAAUGUGCUCCAUUACCUCUUACCACCAUGUUGUCUCCUAUAAAUACUAAAACUUAACGUAUUGGUUUCCAUGAUAAUGCUGGUUUAUAUAUGAUAUUGUAUCUACUUUGAACUUUGAAUGUUGUCUUAGCCACGCUUGGGCAUACUCUCUCUUCGUGGUAAUCGGAUUGUUUGUAUCCAUGUUAUCGCAGGUGAGAGCUGUUAAAAGGGACACUUGAGUUUAUGAACCGGUUCUGUUUACACACAACAGGUUCAUUUUGCUGGA